AUGGACUCACCCUUGACCCAACAACUUCGGCCAGACUCGUUCGAGCCGAAGAUAGUCCAGCUCUAUCUACAUCUCUUCAAUAUCCUUCCCAACGAUGACAGUGAAGAAGAACGAAUACCUUCCGAAGGCUUCUGGAGGGAGUUCUUUCUGCUCAAGCCGGACAAACAACGCCUCUACGAUCUGCUGGAUCCCUUCACAGCCAACGAGACUCUCCAUUGCCAAGCCCAGACCCAAGCCUUCUUCAGACGGUGCAUACAGGAAGCACGUUCGGAUCGAUUCCCGCAGAACGAAAAUGCUCUCGAAAACCUGGCAGGAUUUCUCAGCGCCAUCUUCACCAAACGAUAUGUGAACCCCAGCACCGACAUCAUUGAUGUUCUUGGUGGGCUUGACGACAUCGACAAGCUGGUCUCUGACUUUGUCAAUACGCUUGAGGGCAUUGUCAGAUCUUCUCCCAACCUCGAUCUACGUUCGAAAGCUGUCACUUCUUCAAUGGUCAUGGUCGCUGGAGCAUUCCAGACCAGCCUCGUCAGCUACUUUACGCAUCGAGACCUUUUCCCAGCUCUGAUGAGAUAUGUACACGACGUCCCAGACCAGGCCUACCAGUCGUUCAUUCUGCUCGGAAGUCUGGCAAGCUACAACAAGUUCGAGCAGCAGAACGUUUACGUGAAUCGACUCGAAGAUUUUGUUGAUGAGUCAACUCUACGACUUCUCGUAGACUCUUUCGGCGAGACAUGUCGCAAGAUCCGAGACGAGUACACGGCAAUCCAAGACGAUGCCGCUCCCGCUAUUACGUUGUCGUCAGCCCUCAGCUUGGUAGGCCUGCGCUCGUUAUCACCAGACGCUCGGAAGCCCCCGCCACCGAGCGAAGAAGAAGCCAAGCAGCUCUUCAACGCUCUACCUUCACCACUGGCCGCGAGCUUACUACCAGCCUACACAUUCGUUGGCGCAAACAAAAUCUUCGCGUCAGCUCUCCUCGCUGCCCCUUCUGGCCCGACAACACACGAAACGCCCCUCGCAUCAUUUCUCAGCAGCACUUCAUACCUAUGCCACCACGCACACCGCUCCUCGCGCGCCUCCAUCUACGCAAUCCUCUCGCUGUUGACUGUCCGCCUCCUCCUCGAGGAUACUCUCACUGCUAAACCAAUCUGCCAUGCAACCUCCCACGCCGUCACCUCAGUCCGCCUCGCUCGUCAGCGCGCCCCUUUCCUCCCAACCACUGCCAUAACCUCAUCUUCGAGGGCCCCAGCAGCCAUCAUCCUCGACAUCGCAACCGACACCCUAAGCCACAACCUUCGCCGCCGUCUGGACAUUCCCCUCUACAGCCUGGCCCUCGCCCUCAUUCUGCGCGUCCUCACCACCCUCGCCCCACCCUCGGGACCCAGUACGCGCCUGGCAUACCACUGGCCACACCUCUGGUCCUCUCUCCUCGCACUCAUGAAAUUUGUAACAGUCUAUGCUCCCGACCUACAAUCCCUCCGCGGCGGCAUCACUGAAGAAGUCAUCACUCCCGUCGCCGAGAUCCUCGCGUUCAGCUUAACCCGUGGCGACGUUUUCCUGCCUGGCGAAGCCGACUUUGACGAUUUGUUCUACAAGUUGGUUGAGGGGUACGAAAUCCUGCAGAAAUUCAGGGAUGCGUGGAGUCCCAUACCUGCAGCGAAGAACAAAGAGAAAGCAGCGCCGUCCAGAAUUCAAACUUCCGGAGCAGCAAGCAGGAGCAGCAAGCUCGCACGCUCAACAGACGCCCUUCUCGCCGUAGCAGGGCACUACCACGACUUGCUUAGCAGCAAGUCCCGAAAACACCAGUCUGCAGCCGAGGUCAAGCGAGUGAUCAAAGAAGAAGGGUACGAGGGCGUCGACUCAGUGACAGGAGGGAACUUGACUGUGGUCACCACGCCGGGUGCUUCAAGGUCAGCGACUCCUACUCCCGGGACAGCAGGUGGGCUGGAAGAAGGAGGAGGCUUCGGCCAGUGGCGACCCUGGCGCGAAGUCGAGCACAAAGGCGAAGUCAAACGCCUCGUCAGGGGCGCAAUGGAGGACGUCAGGAUCUUGGGCCUGCGAUAA